CGAUUAUCUACCUGUCUUUAAAUCUCCACCUCUACAUUGUUAUGCUCCGUACUCCUUCUCCGUCUUUCAUUUUUAUUUCCCAUUCAUUUAAAUAUGCCUUUUGACGAUAACGGCGUUCCUAUGGACGACCAAGUUGCCGACUUGUUGGUCAAGGAAGCAAAUGAUUGCUCUAUCAAAUACUCAACAAUCGGUCUUGAUGCCUUUAAAUCUACCAAACGUCCCGCAAAUCAACCUAAGCCCAACACUCGCUUUCUCAACAAUAUCAUUCGCGGCACCAACCAUCACAAUCGCGCGCUCCAAGCUAAAGAGAAUGCCGAAUCCCAGGCCAAACUUCACGAUCUAGAAGUUGCAGAAGCGAAGAAACGAAAUGAAGAGGAGCGCAAAUUACGGAAGGCUAAGCCAGGACCUAGCGACACUAGGAAACGUAUGCUAGGUGACAUUGCGGCCAUUCUUGGUGGAUCGCCUAAGAAGCGUAGGACUGAGAAGGCUGGAAGGUCUAUUACACCAACUAGUAAUGCUUCAGGUACAGCAAAGUCUGGCGAUGGAAUCAAAAACUCUCGCCGACGACAUAGGAGCUCUACAAUAACGGAUGAGAUGAAUGCCAAAAAGGAUAAUGGUCACAAGGAUCGAAAGGAUCGUGUUGGAGUUCCACGCUAUGCUCGCCAUCGAGAAGAGAGCCAAUAUGAUAGCUCAUCUUCAUCUACUACCCCGAAGCGCAGGCGCCGAGGUCGCUCAUCCCGUCAAAAUAGUCAUCGCGACUCCAGUGUCGCAAAACACUCGCAGCACCAAUCUUCUCCGUCCGCAGAUUCAUCUGACUCCGGUUCAUCAGAGGAGACUAUUGGCCCUGUACCAGCUAAAGCACCUGUCGUCCGACGGAGGGGACGUGGUGCCAAUGCCACCACGUCUGGGAUAGAUAAUCGUUUCGCACCUGACUACGAUCCGAGGAAGGACAUUACACCCGAAGCGGAAGAUCAACGGCAGGAAGAUGACGAAUGGAGUCAUGCAGUCGAGGCGUUUCGUGACCGCCAGAAAUGGAACCAAAGAGGAGAGGAAAGACUCCUUUCCGCAGGCUUUACUGAAGAACAGGUUAAGAAAUGGAAGAAAGGCGACCAGAAGGACGAGGCAGAUGUGCAAUGGGCUACAGUCGGUGGUUUACGGGAAUGGGACCGCGGAAAGGUGGUUAAUAAGGAUGGUACUGUCAGCUUUAAAAAUGAUUCUGAGUGGUAGCGAAAGGCGUCAUCUCUCGCAAAAUGUUAUUACAACAAGUACGAAACCAAAUAUGAAAUUACUUCGGUAUUUUCGCAUCUUAAAGCGUAUUAAAUGUUUCGUUUAAAAAUAGUAGAUUGAAAUAAUAACAACGCGAUACGGCA